AUGUCAAGUAACAUACCAAAAGAUCCAUCAGAAGGGUCCUCCCGAUCUACAACCGUUGAUCAGAGCCACCAUCCUGCACCCUUAAGCCGUUAUGAAUCCCAAAAACGACGAGACUGGAACACUUUUGGGCAGUAUCUAAAGAAUCAAAGACCUCCUGUAUCUCUUUCGCAGUGCAACUUUAGCCAUGUUCUGGAAUUCCUUCGAUACCUUGAUCAAUUUGGAAAAACUAAGGUUCAUUUACAUGGGUGUGUUUUCUUUGGGCAGCCUGAACCUCCUGCUCCUUGCACUUGCCCUCUAAGGCAGGCUUGGGGCAGUCUAGACGCGCUGAUCGGGCGAUUAAGAGCUGCCUAUGAAGAGAACGGCGGCCCUCCUGAGAAAAAUCCAUUUGGAAAUGGAGCAAUUCGGGUUUAUUUAAGAGAAGUGAAGGAGUGUCAAGCUAAAGCUAGGGGAAUCCCAUACAAGAAGAAGAAGAAGAGGAAAAGUCAAAUAAAGGCCAAUGAAGAAGUGAAGGCUUCCAAGCUACAGGCUACUUGA